AUGGCGGCGGUUGAGGUAGACGCUGCUCUGGCGCUGCUGAGCCGGGUCGCUACGCUGGAAGAGCCGCUGGAGGAGCUGCGGGCCCUGCGGGCGGCCGUGCAGGCUCUGCCCCUCGGCGCCCUCCGCGAGCGAGGGCCCGGCUACCCCCUGGCUGGGCUCUUCGUCCUCCUGGCCCGCGGGGAGAGUGAGCAAAUCUCUUUGUGUGUCUCCAUCUUGGAGAGAUUCCUGCAAGUCAUGGAUCCCUUGGAUGUGAUCCAAAACUUUGGGGAAGAACUUCAGAAGGGACUGUUCCACCCUGAUGAUUCAGUCAAAAUCCUAACCAUCUCCCAAGUUGGAAGAGUUGUUGAAGACCCUGUUGCCAUCAGAGAAAUCCUUAACACUCCUGAAUUAUUGAGGCAGAUUAUCUAUUGCAUUGCUGCGGAGAAAAUAGCAGUGGCAAAAGAGGCCAUCAAAUCUUUGUCCAGGAUAGCACAAUCGCCUGAGGGUUUAGAAGUUUUACUGGCGGGGAAUUUGCUGAUCGACUUGAAAAAUGUCAUGGCGAAGAGCGACAUCAUACGUUAUCGCGUCUAUGAGCUAGUGGUCAAUAUUUCCUCCACGUCGGUGGACUCUCUGAACUACUGCGUGAACAGCGGUUUAAUAGCGGACAUGAUUGGAGAACUGACGGGAAACGACGUGCUUGUCAGAGCGACCUGUAUAGAGAUGGUGACCUCACUCGCCCACACUCAACAUGGACGACAGUAUCUUGCCCAGCAAGGCAUCAUCGACAAGAUUUCCAAUAUAAUCAUUGGAGCUGAUUCGGAUCCCUUCUCCAGUUUUUACCUGCCAGGUUUUGUUAAGUUUUUUGGCAACCUGGCCAUCGUGGACAGCCCCCAGCAGAUCUGCGAGCAGUACCCUGCCUUCGUCGAGAAGGUCUUCAACAUGGCCGAAGUCCAAGACCCAACCUUGUUUGGCGUGGCGGCGGACACGGUCGGGAUCUUGGGCUCAAACGUGGAGGGCAAGCUGGUGCUCCAGAAGACAGGGAGUCGGUUCCAUCGGGUGCUAAACAGAAUCGGGCAUCAAAUAAAGAACGCCCCGGCGGAGAUGAGAAUCCGAUGUCUGGAUGCUGUUUCAUCCCUUUUGUACUUGCAGCCUGAACAGCAAACCGAAGAUCUUCUCCGGAUGACAGAAUCGUGGUUCUCCUCUCUAUCCAACCAGCCUUUGGAACUCUUCAAAAGCAUCAGCACUCAGCCUUUCCCUGAUCUCCACUGCGGAGCCUUGAAAGUCUUCACUGCCAUUGCAAAUCAACCUUGGGCCCAGCAGGAGAUGUUGGCCAGUCCUGGCUUUGUGGAAUACAUCGUGGACCGAUCGGUGGAACCAGAUAAAGCUUCUAAGGAGGCCAAAUACGAACUUGUCAAGACUUUGGCUAACUCAAAGACGACGGCCGAUAUUUUGGGAAACCAGCAUUACUUAAGAUUGAAGGCUUAUAUGCGUGAGGGGCCGUAUUACGUUAAGGCUGUCUCAACUACCGCUGUAGAAGGAGCUGAGUAGCUUUGGAAGAUGUAAUUUUAAGCUACUGUUCAGUAAUUCCAGGGCUAACUAAACUUUCUGGAUUCCUGGAAGGUGAGGCUGGCCUGUUGUUUUGUAGAGAGGAGAAGGAAAGGGUGGGAAAUAUUAACUUGGUAUGAGGGUUUGUUUUUUUGGGUUUGGUUGUUUUUUUGACAUUGAAAUGCCAGUUGGUUUGAAAUAGGAAGAGUUCCUAGGUAUUUUCCCGAUGGAAAACGCAGGUUCCACCAUUUCACGCUCCUUAAAAUCCAAGAAACCAGUAAGAGAGACUCUAUAAAGUAUAAAGGAAACUAUUUUUCCUAGGAUAAUGUUGCAGGACCCUGGGAUAUGUAUAUUCGCCUUCCUUUGUGAAAAACAUUUGUUUGUUUUUUGUUCAUCACACGGGUUGUUUUACCAUCUGGGUUUAAGAUUUGUGCUCAGAGGGAUUCAUUUUUCAUCACCUCCUCAGUGUUGGUUUUUUUGAUGUUCCAAUUGCCGUGACACAGAUAUUCCUCCACACAACUUUACGUAGGGAACAAGCAAACUGAUUUAAUCCGGGUUCUUAAAAGCAAAUGGAAGAAUAAAGAAUAUAUCUUACAUAAAAGGCUAAACAAA